UCUAACCCAGUUCGAGGAAAUUAAUCAGGCACAAAUCCGAUAAAUAUAAUAUGAUUCCAAAUCUGAGUUAAAAUAAUCCAAAUAAGAAUGAAACGGGUAGAAUAUGGAUUUUGUAAAACCCGACCGAUCCAUCCCUGCACGGCGGCUGCACCUGCACCCACGUAAAGAACUUGUCGAGUUCGUUCUCGUAAAAGUAGCCAACCGAGUCAAAUUCCAGUGAAGGACUGUCAAAAAAUGUCAAUGGAACCGAACAAUACCGAGUCGAAUUCGGCAGCAAAGUCAGCAACAAAGAAGAAGAAAAGAGGAAUAGAGAUAGAAGGAUACCCAAUAGAGGGGUUAUCAAUAGGUGGCCAAGAAACAUGCGUAAUCUUCCCCACUCUCAGUCUCGCUUUCGAUAUCGGAAGGUGUCCUCAACGCGCCGUUUCACAGGAUUUCCUCUUCAUCUCACAUGGUCACAUGGAUCACAUUGGAGGGCUACCUAUGUAUGUUGCAACUCGUGGCUUGUUUUCAAUGAAACCUCCUACAAUUAUUGUGCCUAAAGCUAUAAAAGAGGAUGUGGAAAAGCUUUUUGAUGUACACAGAGCAAUGGACCAAUCUGAGCUGAAGAAUAAUUUAGUUGGUCUAGAUGUGGGAGAAGAAUUCUGUAUUAGGAAGGAUCUCAAAGUAAAAGCAUUUAAGACAUAUCAUGUCAUUCCCAGUCAGGGAUAUUUAGUUUAUUCAGUUAAACAGAAGCUUAAGCAGGAUUACAUUGGCCUUCCUGGAAAAGAGAUCAAGGCUUUGAAGGAUAAAGGUUUGGAGAUUACUACAACAACUACGUCACCUGAGAUAGCGUUUACUGGAGACACAAUGGCUGACUUCAUUGUUGACCCAGUUAAUGUUGAUGUGCUGAGGGCAAAGAUUCUUAUAAUGGAGUGCACGUUCUUAGACAACGCAGUUUCAGAGGAGCAUGCAAGAGAUUAUGGACACACACACCUAAAUGAGGUUGUAAAGUAUGCUGAUAUGUUUCAGAAUAAAGCAAUUCUUUUGAUCCACUUUUCUGCAAGAUACCAUGUAUAUGAAAUUGAAGAAGCCAUUUCAAGAUUGCCAUCAGCAUUUGCUGGCCGGGUUUUUGCUCUCACUGAAGGGAUAUGAAUCAUACGAUGAUGGGUGUUUUAACUUUUAAGGGCGCUGUCAACUGCAGCCAUUUACUUGUAGAACUAGUUGUUUUCGUGCAUUUACUUGUACAACUUGUUCCUUUAUCCUCCUUUUUACCCUGCUUAACCCUCCCGCUAAAUAUACAAGAAGUUACAUGGUACAUGAACAAAGUACAUUGAUGUGUACAUAUAUCUAUAGUUUUUAGUAGUUGAUUUCAGUUGUACCAAUCUUGAAAAUAUUUAUCUUUUCAUUUCUUGAGUAACACGAUAAAUGCACCACUAACAUUGUUAGAGUGACUAAUAGAGAGAGACUUGAUACGCGAAA